CAUGACUGUCAAGGCGAGAGUUUGUUGAUACUGUUUACGCCGUGGACGUCUUCUUUCCACUGUGUUAACAAGUUAAUAUGUGUUUAACUAAUACUUCCUACUGCUUUAUGCUGGCGUAGACAUUCUUUUUUUUUACCUUGGCUUUUGCUAUUAGUCAUUGCUGCCUGGCCAAAGCUCAAAGCAGAAUAGACUGCCUACCAAACAGGGACUAUUUCAACAUUUAUUGCUUUAAAAACCCACCAAAAAAAAACAAAAAACAAAAAUGGCUGGCUACAAAAGACUUUUUUACAGAGUCGCAUUAUGGACUUGGAGAAGAAGUAGUUGGAUGAGUCGAAAUGACUCUUCGGCUGUGUUUGGAGAGGCAGGGUUUUCAUCUUGCAGACCAAAGGUGUGUAUUGUUGGUAGUGGUCCAGCAGGUUUCUACACAGCCCAGCACUUGAUUAAGGCUCGUCAAGACGUUGAGGUGGACAUUUAUGAGCGACUACCUGUUCCCUUUGGCCUGGUCAGAUUUGGGGUUGCUCCUGAUCACCCCGAAGUAAAGAGUAUGCCCAUUGCCAGUAAAAAAACGAGAUGCAUAACAAAAAUGGCCCAGGUCUCUUAGCAGAGUUUUGCUCUGGAGCUGGACAAAAUUUGACAUUUUCUCUUUUUGGAUGCUAUAAGAACGUCAUCAACACAUUCACACAGACAGGCAAAAAUGCCCGCUGUAGUUUCUACGGUAACGUUAACAUCGGGAAGGAUGUGAGCGUUAAAGAGCUACAGCAAGCCUACCAUGCUGUUAUAUUGAGUUAUGGGGCAGAAGGAAACAGGAGUAUGGGGAUACCUGGUGAAGACUUGGCCGGCGUGUACUCUGCAAAAGACUUUGUGGGCUGGUACAAUGGACUGCCAAGUUGUCAACAGCUUAGUCCAGACUUAAGUUGUGAAACAGCAGUUGUCCUGGGUCAAGGCAACGUGGCUUUGGACGUAGCAAGAAUACUACUGUCUCCCAUGGACAUGUUAAAGAAGACUGAUAUCACCCAGGCAGCCCUUGAAGCUCUGAUGGAGAGCCAGGUCCGAAGAGUGCUAAUUGUUGGCCGUAGAGGACCAAUGCAAGUCGCCUGCACAAUCAAGGAGGUCAGAGAAAUGGUCAACCUGCCUGGGACCAAGCCUCAAAUGCUGCCAACUGAUUUUGAUGGUGUCCGUGAAGCUCUUCAAGAUUUACCAAGACCACGAAAGCGUCUCACAGAGUUGAUGUUGAAGGCAGCCAUCGAGCUUCCAGCCGAAAAAGAGCAGGAAAAAAGUAAUAAGGCUUCACGCAGUUGGGGAUUUCGAUUCUUCCGGAGCCCAGUCCAGGUCCUUCCAAGUGCUGAUGGCACCAGGACGGCUGGCAUCCGCCUGGCAGUCAACAAACUGGAGGGUUCAGGUGAGGCAGCGCGUGCAGUGCUCACUGGCGAAGUGGAGGACGUGACCUGUGGCCUUGUCAUCAGCAGUAUUGGCUACAAGAGCCUCCUCAUUGACCCAUCGGUGCCGUUUGACUCUCAAAAAGCUAUAGUCCCGAACCUAAUGGGCCGUGUUCAACAAGCUGCAGGUCUUUACUGCAGUGGCUGGCUUAAAACUGGCCCAACUGGCGUGAUAGCCACUACUAUGAAUAAUAGUUUUGAAACGGCACGAUCCCUAAUUGAAGACAUGGACUCGGGAAAAUUGGACCUUUCUGCUGAUAAAUCCGGUGCCCAAAAAAUCAGAAAUCUGCUUGAAAAGAGAGAAAUUAAGCCUGUAACCUUUUCGGGCUGGGAGAAGAUUGACCGUGUGGAGACAAUGAGGAGUGGGUCGACAGGAAAGCCCAGAGAAAAAUUGCUGACCGUGGAAGAAAUGCUGCAACUUGCCUGGAUGUGACCACCGAAUACAGCUUAGUGAUUUCACUAAGCUGUAUUACAUUUUAUCGACAAAGACAAACCUUGACCCACAUGGAAGAGUGUCAAGAUCAUGUGAAAAAAUAUCAAAGAAAAUUGUGGUAUUUGCAUUAAAUUGAGUUUGAUGAAAUAUAAAAACCGUAAAUGUGUUGUCCAGUAAAAUUGGUGUUUUUGACCAAAGCUGCAACAGGAAGGAAAAUAUUUGAUUCCUACCGUUUUGAGAGUUCAGCCCCUGAAUUUUUUUAUGGUAGGUUUGAGUCUAUUGUGUAUGUACUUGUUAGUUUGACAUCCAUUUGGUUUGAAUUGACGUUUAAAGAACUCUGCCGCUCAUCUUUUAACCAAAACCAAACGACGUGAGCACAUUACUCCUCGGCUGGUUUUCCUUCACUGGCUCCGUUACUUUUAGAUGUCAUUUAAAAAAUUUUUUUUUUUUUUUUUUUUUUUUUUUUUUAAAUGCCUACACCAAGAAGCCCCGCCCUAUCUUAUUGAGCUGCUGCAACCUUAUUGUCCCAGCAUGACUGUCUUCAGACUAGAUCCUCCUUGCUGCCCCAGAAACUAGGCUAAAAACAAGAGUAAUUUCAGUGGCAGGGCCCAGACUAUGGAACAACCUUUCACUAUUAAGUCCUCCCAGUCUGAGUCAAUUUAAGUCUAGGCUAAACAUAUUGUCACUCCGGCAUUCAGAUCUAGUUAGACAAUCUUUUUUUAAAUGUACAUUUUAGGUGAUAACCUUCACUUCUUUGAAGGUAUAUUUUACUACCGUAUUUUAUUCAUCCUUCUGUGUUACAAAGUAAAUGUGACACUGUGGCCCUCUUACAGUAUGUCUGUACAGCACUUUGGCCAACAGGUUUUUUUUUGGUUUUUUUAAAUGUGC